AUGGCUGCUGCUUUCUCCUCCACCUCCGUCGCUGCGCCGGUGAGUACUUCCACGGCGGCGAGCAGCUUCCUCCUCGGGGGUAGUAACAAGAAGCUCACUAUCAGCAUCAGGAAGAAGCAGCAGCAGCAGGUGGUGAACAAGUACCAGCCGCAGGGCGGCAGGGGGCUCAUCGUCAGAGCCAUGGCGGUGAACAAGGAGGUGGACGAGACGGAGCAGGACAGGUGGAGGGGCCUGGCCUACGACACGUCGGACGACCAGCAGGACAUCACCAGGGGGAAGGGCCGCGUGGACCCGCUGUUCCAGGGGCCCAUGGGGGACGGCACCCACGUCGCCGUGCUCAGCUCCUACGACUACGUCAGCCAGGGACUCAGGCAGUACAGCUUCGACAACACCAUGGAUGGCUACUACAUCGCGCCCGCAUUCAUGGACAAGCUCGUCGUCCACAUUGCCAAGAACUUCAUGACCCUGCCAAACAUCAAGGUGCCUCUGAUCCUCGGUAUCUGGGGAGGCAAGGGCCAAGGGAACCCCAUCGUGAUGAGCGCCGGCGAGCUGGAGAGCGGCAACGCCGGCGAGCCGGCGAAGCUGAUCCGUCAGCGCUACCGUGAGGCCGCCGACCUCAUCUCCAAGGGCAAGAUGUCCUGCCUCUUCAUCAACGAUCUUGACGCCGGCGCGGGUCGCAUGGGAGGCACCACCCAGUACACGGUGAACAACCAGAUGGUGAACGCCACCCUGAUGAACAUCGCCGACAACCCCACCAACGUGCAGCUCCCGGGAAUGUACAACAAGGUGGAAAACCCCCGGGUGCCCAUCAUCGUCAACGGCAACGACUUCUCCACGCUGUACGCGCCGCUCAUCCGCGACGGCCGCAUGGAGAAGUUCUACUGGGCGCCCACUCGCGAGGACCGCGUCGGUGUCUGCAAGGGCAUCUUCCGCACCGACGGCGUCCCCGACGAGCACGUCGUCCAGCUCGUCGACGCCUUCCCGGGCCAGUCCAUCGAUUUCUUCGGCGCCCUCCGCGCCAGGGUAUACGACGACGAGGUGCGACGGUGGGUGGCCGAGACCGGCGUCGAGAACAUCGCCAGGAAGCUCGUCAACUCCAAGGAGGGCCCGCCGACGUUCGAGCAGCCGAGGAUGACGCUGGAUAAGCUCAUGGAGUACGGCCGCAUGCUGGUGGAGGAGCAGGAGAACGUCAAGCGCGUGCAGCUGGCCGACAAGUACCUCAGUGAGGCGGCGCUCGGCGACGCCAACGACGACGACGCCAUCACCAGGGGGGACUUGUACGGCAAGGCGGCGCAGUAG